AUGGGGUCUUCAUCGUAUGGAAGAAUUUCUAAAAAACUGAUUCUAUUGCUCACUAUUUCGGUGUGUUGUGGCUAUGUUUAUUACAAAUGCAAAGAUUUUGGCAAUGAGAUCAAUGAGGAUCCAGAGCAUCCAAAAGGCGAUUCAGCAGAAAUCAUCGAUGGAACUCCAGCUCCUCCAGUUUCCGAAUAUCUACUGAGUGAAGAAUCCGAACGGUUGACCCGAAAAAUUCCCGUUUCUCAUGUCUUCGUGGCAUCUGCUUAUUAUUAUCCCACUUCUAAAUCACUUGGAAAUAACGCUGUCGCAUUCAACAUGGUUGUGGACUCCAAAAACUUUGAUAUCUCAAAACACACUUACAACUUUGUGGGCUCGAAUGGAACGCACACAGAAUCAGGAUUCGCAAUUUCUCAGAUUGAAGAAGAGGAAAUGUGCCGAUACGCACCGACAGUGGCUAGAGGGAAUACGGUGGAGAAUUUGAAGAAAUUGGAAUUGGAAUCUGGUGGAACAAAAGUAGAGAUCCCAUUCAAAAUGGCUCGAUACACUGCUCCAAAACCUGUUAUCAUUUGUAUCUCUCCCCAAUUUGUCGCUGAGCAAUGGCAAAUUUUCUUGAUGCAUGCUCAUACUGCUCAUAGAUUCGGAGCUCACAUUCACAUCUAUGUCAUUUCAAUUGUGAAGGCAUAUUUUGAGUUAAUGAAAGAAUACGAGCGUCAAGGAUAUUUGACAAUCGAAAAGUGGAUGAGAAUGAAAUUCGAUAAGCCUGGAUCUCAGUAUUUCGAGCCGAAUCUAAAUACAGAGCUCAGAAAUCAAGCUGGUGCACUACGGACUGAAGCUGCCGAAUACAUCGCCUUCUUUGAUCUGGACGAUGUACUCUUCCCACUCAACUAUCCCACCUAUCUUGAGGAGUUCAAUGCCGAAUAUGCACAAAAGCCAGAUGCCACUUCUUUGGUGUACGGUAGACGAGAACAUGAGUUCAUUAAAGCCGAAACACUAGCUGAGUACGAUUUCCAUGAACUGGUCGCCAGUUUGAAAACUUCUUACACGAGAGCAGGAAAAGUGGUCGUUAAACCGGAUCGUCACAAUACUACGUGGAUUCAUGCAAGCCAUCGAGAAGAUCCGACAAAGAGAAUCCAUAUCAAAACACCUCAUCUGAUCCACGUGCAACGACCGAUUCAGAAGAAUGGAAAUAAUGAAAUUAAGGAUAUGUGGAAGUCGAGAUUUUGGCGAUUCAACGAGACGAUUCAUGAAGUGGAUAUUGCUGCAAUUCAUGAAGAUAUUCAAAGGAUGAAGAAAAAUAAAGAAGUAGCCAGAAUCGCAAAGCGCCUUCCCAGUAGAGAUUUUUACUUCCCAGUUGUGUUCAAAUGUUAUUUAAAACAGUUUUAUGGUCGAAAGCUCACCGAGUGUCCAAAUGCCGAAAAAUGUGUGAUGCCUCAAAGGAAGGAUAUUAAAUGUAUGCAUACUGAUGCCGAAUAUUUUUCGGGUCCAUCAUCCGAGCCAUUUACUUUCCAUUAUUUUACUAAUCCAUUCUGGUCGUCUGAUUAUGGGUGCUACCAAUAA